AUGCUGGCCGUUUCACAACACACCGACGCUCGCCAAACUCACGCUGUGCGCGCGAAACUAUUGCAAAACCGCACUAAAGGCCCGUCGGCAGUUGAAGUCCGAAGGCUGACCACCUGCCGAUUGGUGGUUUUACAAUUCGAAUUGAAAUUAAAACAGUUCGCGAUGCGCGGCCGGACAGCGGUGCGUAUGUACACGGGCCGAGACUCUGGCCGACUGAUAGCUGUGCUGAAC